AUGUCGUUAUUUGGCUCGGCAGCUAGCAACACCACCAGCACGAUGGCCACGGAGCAGGAUUUGGUAAACGAUAUUACGGUGGCAAGCCCACCAGAAGACUCUGUUUCCGACCUAGCCUGGUCUCCUCAGGCCGAGUUAUUGGCGGUAACGUCAUGGGAUAAAAAAGUACGGAUCUACGAGGUUAACGCCUCAGGUCAGUCGCAAGGCAGAGCGGUGUACGACCACGAGGCACCGGCUUUGAGUUGCAGAUGGUCUCCUGACGGGACCAAGGUAUUGAGUGGGGGUGCUGACAAGGCGGUCCGUCUUUUCGAUGUUUCGACGCAACAACUGUCUCAGAUUGGUGCACAUGACGGUGCGGUAAAGGCUGUGAGGUUUGUCGAAUGUGGCCCCUCCAACACCCCGUGUGCAGUUUCUGGUUCAUGGGACAAGACACUCAAGUACUGGGAUAUGAGACAACAGCAGCCUAUCACAACGAUCCAAUUACCAGAGCGGGUUUAUGCCAUGGACGCUUCGCAAAAGCUAUUGGUGGCGGGUUUGGCCGACAGACACAUCGUGGUAAUUGACUUGAACAACCCGCAGCAGAUUUUCAAGCAAUCGCAGUCCCCAUUGAAGUGGCAGACUAGAUCCAUAGCAUGUUACUUACAAGGCAAUGGCUACGCCUUGGGAUCCAUAGAAGGUAGAUGCUCCAUCCAGUACGUGGACGAUGCUGAGCAGGCCAAGUUGGGCUUCUCCUUCAGGUGCCACCGCCAGCAACAAACUGUUGCAGGACGUUCUGAGAGUCACGUUUAUGCGCUCAACUCUAUCGCUAUCCAUCCGGUAUACGGUACAUUCUCCACCGCCGGUUCCGACGGGUGUUUCAACUACUGGGACAAGGACGCCAGACACAGAUUGAAAGGCUUCCCGAGUCUCAAGUCGUCGAUCAGUGCAACCGCGUUCAACAGGAAUGGGACCAUCUUUGCGUAUGCAUUGUCGUACGACUGGUCCAAGGGAUAUGAGUUCAACACCCCAGAGUAUCCGACAAUGAUCAAGUUGCAUCCGGUAAAGGACGAUGAGAUCAAGCAGAGGGCGAAGAAGAAGUAAUUGUGCGAGUGCGAGUGCGUAGCAUGAGACUGAGUAAAGUCAGCAAAGAGCCUAUAGGAAUGGUUACCUAUACAUAAAUUGUACAAUAUAAGCAUAGCAUUAACUAGGAUAUUAAGUGAAGCUAUCACAAUGG